AUGGAACUGAGGACACUGGCUUCAACUAAUGAGACUUUCUACUCCGAGCCCAGUUGUGUUGAAGAUGAUCUUUACCGGAGACUUAGUGCGGAGCAGUCAGACUAUACGUAUCCUUGUCUUCAGAGACCAAUAGACCCAAACAGUAACAACGCAAGUCAGCCAGUGAUAACAUCCCAGCUUGAAUGGCUGCCUGAUUCGUCUGCGUUACUGACCGUAUCUUCUGACAGGGGCAUAAGGACGUAUAUCCCACCACAGACGUUGCUGGAUCAGCCUGUGGAUCAACUUCUGGCGUACACAAGAUCAUUCCUACCGUCCAUAACGACAACAUGUAUACACCCACAGUCUUCACUAUACACCGGUAUCGUGCCAAUUGCUAUCAGCGGGAUGGAAGUUCCACUGAAGCUGUACAACGUCAUUCCCGAUGAGAAGGGACGACUACGGCCUUUAAGGGUGUUCAACAACUCUCAUCCUCAAACUGAAAAGUAUUACAAGACCUCAUGUCUUACGUUUUUGAACGAUAAAACCAUCCUUAGCGGCGGCUCGAGGCGGAUACAGAUGUUUGACAUCGAAAGAUCCGAUCCAAUCGGUGAAUUGGACCGAGUCAGUGGGAUCGUGAGCGCAAUGACCCCUACAAACUCGGAGUUUGUUACAGACGGAUGGUGGUGUGGCUCGUGGAACGGUUCAGUUUCUCUCUAUUCCAACAACGGAGAACAAAUCAGCCAGACCAGGCUCCCACAUGGAGUAUUCCAGAUCCUGGAAAGCGACAAUGACAAGUACAUCUACGUGAUUCCACGACAUGAUGACCAUAUCCAAGUAUUGGAUGUACGAAUGGGUCUCUCACCAGUCUGUUCCUUGGACCAGUUCAAGUCCUCUGCACAGAGAAUAACAGCAACUGUCUUACCAAAUGGCCAGGGCUUGCUCACGGGCACCACGAGAGGCACCGUCAACCACUACUAUGACUCUGAAAUCGGGAUCAACGCGCUGAGAUCUACCGACACACCGUGCUUCCCAGUGCCACACGUUUCAGCUCACUCACAGGAGCCCGGAAUCGUCGCCUACUCGGUUGGCGACAGGUCCACACACAAACCACAUGUCACCAUAGCACUUCUCACGCCAGACGAAACCAUUUGA